CCUCACUUCUUUGCUUUCUAUUUCUGCUCUGAAGCCACGGGCACAGAAUUCUCCACAGGCAAAUUACUCCUGAGCACAUUGCCGGACAAUCCUAUAACGAACAGCUAAAUUCUCAGCAUCUGAUUCCUGAUCCUUUUCCGACAUGGCAGGUGUGAAUAACUGUCUAAAAUAUUCUAUGUUUGUCUUCAACUUCUUGUUCUGGCUAUGUGGCAUCUUGAUCCUGGCAUUGGCAAUAUGGCUACGAGUAAGCAAAUUUGAGCAAGAGUUUGUCAGUGAGGACGGUGGCAUGCAUCCUUAUGUUGCUGUGAAUAUCUUGAUUGCUGUGGGUUCUAUCAUCAUGAUUCUGGGUUUCCUGGGAUGCUGUGGUGCCAUGAAAGAGAGCCGCUGCAUGCUUCUGGUGUUUUUCAUAUGCUUGCUUUUGAUCCUGCUCCUGCAGGUGGCGGCAGGUAUCUUAGGAGUUACCUACAGAUCUGAGUAUGAACGAGUCCUGAAUGAGACUCUCCAUAAAAACGUAGAGCUUUUGAGGGGAACAGAUGAAAAAGCAAAGUCAUUCCAGAAAAACCUGAUUAGUUUUCAGAAAGAGUUCAAAUGUUGUGGUUUGGUCGAUGGAGCUUCUGACUGGGGACAGAAUUUUCAACCCAAUUCUGAGUCGUGUGAAUGUUCAGAUACAUCCGAUUCCCCAUGUACACCAUAUGAAGGAAAAUAUGUUUACCAACAGGCAUGCAUUGUUCUUAUAAAAGAAAUACUUAAAAAAAAUCUCCUCGUAAUUAUUGGAUUAGCAUUUGGAAUAGCAUUUAUUGAGAUACUUGGUCUGGUAUUUUCUAUGGUCCUGUUCUGCCAGAUUGGGAACAAGUGAAUCUGUGGAUAUGUCGAGCUAUCAUCAGUCAAGCUCCUUAAAAUGGUUGUUUUGCCUUUGUAACUUUAAAUAUAUGAGUGCUGUCUAUGUUAGGAGCAGCUGUCUUAUUAAAAUUUCUUAUUUAGCUAGACUUUAGUUAUCUCCCAGACAUAUUGAAUAUACUUAGGAUUUUAGUGAUGCUAGAAAAGUAAUAUAAAUGUGCAUUUUUACUCAAAAUAAAAGUGACAUUCUUUACA